UUAUGACUUUGGAUUUGAGCACUUUGCAAAACAGGGAAAUUUACUCCCCCGACCAAAUAUAUUCGUUGUACCCAUUGGAUUCCAAAUCCUCUUAAGCUUGACUACACCCCCAGUAAUUUGGUUCCAAAAAUCUCAAUCUUCUUUUUUCGGUCAGAUUACAAAAAUCUCAGUAGUUUUACGCAAACUCCCGCCGUGCUGUGCGCGCAAUUAGAAUUUGGAACACGCUUGUUUACAGUCUUGACAAAGACUCUGCAAUUAAGUCUUUGAUCGACUGUCGUUUGUCAAACGCAAAACAAAAGCACAAAAAUUUACAGACGAGAGAGCAAGUAGAAGCCACCAUUCACACCACCAUUGCCACCUGCAUUUGAAGACAAAUUGAAAUUACAAUGAGAGCCAAAAGCGGGAAAGGGAAUUGGAGCUCCAAGUUCAAGUUGAAGUCCAAACUUGGGUUACCAACCACUUUCAUCUUAUGCUCCUUCUUCUUCCUCGCUGGCUUCUACAGCUCCUCUCUCCUCUCUCAGGAUGUGGGUGGUGGUGAUAAUAGGCUGAGAACGAGACUGUUGGAAACAGAGUAUACUUCGAUGCCUUAUGGAGAGACCGGUGACGAUUCUUUAACUUCCAUUCCCUUUCAGGUCUUGAGUUGGUAUCCGCGUGCACUAUAUUUUCCUAAUUUUGCAACUGCGGAGCAAUGUGAAAGCAUAAUCGGUACGGCCAAGCCAAGCCUUAAACCAUCAACUUUGGCUUUGCGAGAGGGUGAGACAGAGGAGAACACGAAGGAUAUACGAACAAGUUCUGGCAUGUUUCUUUCCGCUUCUGAUGAUAAAUCUGGGACUCUGGAUGCAAUUGAGGAAAAGAUUGCAAGAGCAACAAUGCUUCCCAGGACCUAUGGAGAGGCUUUCAACAUCUUACGCUAUGAGAUCGGGCAGAAGUAUAAUUCUCAUUACGAUGCAUUCCACCCUGAUCAAUAUGGUCCACAGAAGAGCCAAAGGGUUGCAUCAUUCUUGUUGUAUUUAACUGAUGUUGAAGAAGGUGGUGAAACCAUGUUUCCUUAUGAGAAUGGCUCAAACAUGGAUGGAAACUAUGAUUUUCGGGAAUGUGUUGGUUUGAAAGUGAAGCCACGCAAAGGGGAUGGACUUUUAUUUUAUUCAUUGAUCCCAAAUGGUACAAUUGAUAUGUUAUCGAUACAUGGGAGCUGUCCUGUAAUUGAAGGGGAAAAAUGGGUGGCUACAAAGUGGAUCAGGGAUCAAGAACAAGAGGAUUAGUUGUAGUUGUCUAGAGUGUCAUUGUGCAGUGCUCAAAUUUUGAUCCACACCUGAGCAUUAGCACACACCAACCCCCUCGGAGGUGGUCGUUUGAGAAUGAGCCUUCUUUUUCUUGUAUGAUCGAAGUUUCAAUAAAUUUUCAUCGUGUCAAUAUCUCAUGUCGCAUCUAGCAAUUCAAUUAAAUAAAUGAAGAAAGGUUCCAUCUGUUGCAA